CGAGCCUCCUCAUUCGUUGCUGUUUCCCAGGAACACAUCAGGAUGCCUGAACCCGCCAAGUCUGCUCCCAAGAAGGGCUCCAAGAAAGCCGUGACCAAGACGGCCGGUAAAGGAGGCAAGAAGAGGAGAAAGACCAGGAAGGAGAGCUACGCCAUCUACGUGUACAAGGUGCUGAAGCAGGUCCACCCCGAUACCGGCAUCUCGUCCAAGGCCAUGAGCAUCAUGAACUCGUUCGUCAACGACAUCUUUGAGCGCAUCGCCUCCGAGGCUUCCCGUCUGGCUCACUACAACAAGCGCUCCACCAUCACCUCCAGGGAGAUCCAGACGGCCGUGCGCCUCCUGCUGCCCGGUGAGCUGGCCAAGCACGCCGUGUCUGAGGGCACCAAGGCGGUCACCAAGUACACCAGCUCCAAGUAAACCUGCCGUUUACCAUCUAAACCACAAAGGCCCUUUUUAGGGCCACACAAAUACAACUUGAAGCAGAAAUCCUGUUUAUGCCAAAGGUGAAGUUUUGUAUUAAAUGUAUGAAAAGUGUGAUGUUAAGUAGAAAACAAUGUGGGAGUUCCACCCUUUCAUGCAUCGUAAUUAUCUGUUUGCAGUGUUUUUGCGUUUAAUAUUUAUUUUCAUUUUGAACCUGUGAAACAUUUAUACUGAUUCCAGUUCUCAUAUCUAUGGAAGAUUUAUAGAUUUAUUAAUAAAACCUUUUGAAUUUGUUCCAUA